GUCUCUAUAUUAAGAAUUGUACCAAACAGGACAUCCAUCCAACGGUGUUGUUUAUGAUGUUUCAGGUCUGUUUUUAAAGGAGACAAUGAGAUGUGGCCUUUUUUUAUCUCAUACCAUCUACCACCCCUACCCUCCCUACAUCAUCCCUACCCCCUGUCAGAAGCAGGAGUAUAUAAGCAGGCAAACUCUGACAACCUUUAUUGUGGGCUGUACAUACCCCUGGGCACACACACUCAUACUUGAGAGUACUUAACCUCUCCACCAUACACACACACACACACACGCACACAGUAAGAGCGGUUCACCUGUGGUACAUUACCUGAGUCUGAGCUGGAGCCCAGGGGACAGGAGACUCAGGUCACCACUGGAGGAGCUUCCAAACACUCUUCACCACGCCGUAUGACAGAAGAGCUAACCAGCCUGAAGUUAGAAAAAAAGCUGAAGACUUACUGGCAACAAGGCGCUGCUCAUCAACAAAAGCCAGUCGUGUGGGUUUAAGGAUGGCUGGUGUGGCUCCUCCCCCUGCCUCACGCCCUGCCCUCCUGCUGUUCACCCUUAUGGCCAUGACCCUGGUGACCUCCAGCUACCCUCAGCCACGCCUCCGACCCAUACACAGAGGCUCCUCUCCAAGUGAUCCAGGAGACUCCAACAAGAGGGAGGAGUGGGAGGUGCUCUACCCUUCCAUCUCGCUCCGUGAUUGGAGCAUGCAGAUGAUGUCAGCCCCAUACUUUGGUGAGGCCAAGAGCAAAGCAGAGCUCCUAGGGGAGCAGUGGCUCCCAGUGGUGGGCCAGUGGCAGAUGGACGAGGAUAUGGCCAAGGGCUGGCUGGGCGACUGGGCUCCGCAGGGCUCCAACAAUGAGGAAAAGAGGAACAUCGUGGUGGCGGAUGAUGCAGCGUUCAGAGAGAAGAGUAAGCUGCUCACAGCUAUGGAGAGACAGAAGUGGCUUAACUCCUACAUGCAGAAACUGUUGGUCGUCAAUUCCCAGUAAUAAGAUGACUGCUAAGCCUACGUAUAAAUGACGGAACCUGAUUUUAAAAAAAAUGUUAAUAACAUGCCCUGAUAAAAAAAAAGAAGAAGAACGUACUAAUUACAAUUUGAUUACUCAGAAUUUAAAAGUCAAUAAAGAUUUUUAUCAGACCUUCUGUGUGACGUUUGAUGAAGAAUUAAUUCUGAAUAUAAAGCAUAAUUUGACACAGGAUUUACAUGCCUAUGUUUAUAUGAUCGUUUUGAUCCAGUUGAAUUAUUGAUUGACGUAGUAAAUACACUGAGAUACUUCCACUAAGAUGGCGCUGUUGGGAGGUGCUGUUGUACAGCUGAGGGUCUACCAUAGGACUCUUUAUACAUUGUUAAUAUUAAUGAGUGUGAAAUAAAGCAAAUAAGUGAUCAUG